AUGGGUUGAGCCGCAUCAAAACCUAAGAUAUCAACUGAGAUCUUAAUAUUCGAAUCAAACCAAAAAGUUGAACUUGAUGAAAUUACAGAUGGGAUUGUUUGCCAAAGCAAGGAUGGUAAAACUUAUCUUCCUGGAAAGUUAGAGGACUACAAAAUCACAGCAGAAGACGGAAACUGGAAAUUAAUCAUCAAAAGACAUAAAGUUAAACAAAUCGUUGAUGAAAUUCAUUAUAAAAUCAGAGAGAAAGAAGCUGAGAAAGAUGAAGUUGAAGAGAAAAUAAGGACAGGCGAAGUUUUUGUCCCGGUCAAAGUUACAAUUGCUAGAGACCUUCAGAAGAUAAUUGGAGAUUACUACUCAGUUCUUGAAUGUAUUCAAAAUAAUGCUAAAAACAAAUCAAAUCCCAGCAGUGAUAACAUUAUGAAUCCCAUUCCUAGAUUCUCUAAAUCCUCCAAAUCACAAAAUAUUGAUCAGGAUUAUACUGCCAUUGAAAAUCACAAACUAGAACACUGAAUUUCUCUACAUAUCUCCUCAAUGGCAUUGGAGCUUCAUGAUGAAUCUCAGCUAAAUCUGAACCUGUCUCAAUCCCAAAAUGCAGCCCUAUUAAAAGACUUACUUAAGCUUCUAGAUGGACACUUCUUGCCUGAUUUAAAGAAGUUUUGGAUUCAUUUAUAUAGCAAGAACAAUAAGCUGCAAGCUCAGUUGAUUCACAACCAUUUCCCUAAGCAUGUAGGAGCUUUGUCCUUGAUCAAUAAGGGCACCAAUGGCAAGGUUAUGGACAUCGAGCCUUUCAAAACUAGUUUUCACAAAAUAAGUCCUUGAGUGCUAAAGGCUCUCAAUCUAGGCUACUUCAAGAUUCCAGCCAGCAUUCUCUCAGCCAUUUUCGAUUACUUUGCUCACAUAGAGAUUCUUGGUUUCCAAGAUUGUGAAAUUGAUGCUUCAGGAGUUUGUAUCAACAAGCAUACUGAGUUUGAGAUCUCCGAGCUUGGAUUCAUUGAUUGUGGGGGUAAAUAACGGUAACGACUGGGCUACAGAGCCUGAAGAUCUGUGGGAGAUGGUGCAGGAGAUUGGGAAGUCGCCGAUGGUGGAAGCAUUGGAGAAGCUUGUGGUUUGGAAGAAGGGGGAUUUAGAAGAGGGAGAUGAGUUGUUGGCUAAGAAUAUUAGAAAGAUGCUUGACUCAAACCAAAUGGAUGAUGUUGAGCUCGAUGUAAAAUACUGAAUUAAUAGCUAAAUAUCCUCGCCAACUCUUAAUGAUUCCAAUGAAAUUACUACUCUAAACAUUUCCUAUUCAAAAUAGAAGCAAUUUCUUACUAAUCCAAACUUUCUGGCCCAAUUUGUUUAUUGACCUCAAAAUUUUCCUAACCCUGCUGCUUAUUAAAAAUUAUAAUUAUUUUCAAAUUUCAAAAAUCUGUCCUAAAUUUACUUUAAAACUCAAAGCGUCACUUAAAAUCUCUGUUUUGCAUCCA